AGACGAAGCGGGGGAUAAGGUGCUCAAGGCAAGCGGAGCGCGCACUCGACCCUCUCCCAGACACAGCACGCGCUCGCUUGCGCAUCUCGAGCGUCGUCGGCAGCUAUGGCACUCAUGGGAUCGCUCAAUGUCUCGUCGGCCGUCUCGUCGUCACCAGCGCGCUCCACGUUCUUCUCGGGCGCCCAAGCUCUCCAGGUUGAGGCAGGCGACGCACGAGUUACCUGCAGAAAAGAAGGCAUUCACCCAAAGUUCUUCACUGAUGCGAAGGUGUACUGCAAAGGAGAACUUGUGAUGAGUACCGGAGGAACUCAAAACGAGUACAUUGUUGAUGUAUGGUCAGGAAACCACCCUUUCUUCCAGGGUAACAAAUCUGCCCUCCUUUUGGAUGCGGACAGAGUAGACAAAUUCAAGCAGCGGUAUGGAAAUCUUUCGACUUUGAAUGACAUUCCAGUGCUGGAGAAAGGAGAAAUUAUCUUCGAGAAGAAAAAGAAGAACAUGAAGGGUAAGGGUAAAAAGUAGGUGAUAGGAUUCGGAAUGCUUUGAGACACAAAGUUCUCGGCCUCAAGCGCAGUAGUCCGCGAUAUCAUUGCUUUUAGGUUUCCGUUUGUAACAUACAGGUAUACAAAGGAGCAAAGCCGAGCUUUCGAGACAUGCAUCGGGGACCAUGGUAAUGAGAUCUUUUUUUCCUUUUUUAGAAGUAGCUAUGCUUAUUCUCAUCCCUCAGCAUUGGAGGAUUCUACGAACGUAGGGACACAUUGUUUCUUCAUGAUCAUCGGUCACACAAGUUUUCCAGCAGCUCGGAAUCGAAAGCCUUUGGUGGAGGAUACAUCCAGCUCCUUGUGAUAUGUAACCAGCUGUGUGUUCUACAGCUUGUCAGUGUUACUUUCUGGAUAUUUUCUCUUUUUCUCUCUUGAAUGCUUCCAAAAGCCUGCUGAGCCAAUUGCAAUCAACUCCAUCUCUGCCAAAAAUAUUAGUUCCUUCUCCGAGAUUCAUUGGACUUGACUCAUUGAGUGAACAAUCUAGCUAUGAAUUUAGGGCCAUUUUGACUUGACUGUGCAGAGAUAUCCCGAUUACGGUGCUCUUGACUUCUCGGCAUUUUGUCCAUUUUUUGUUAAUCACUUGUGAAGGAGGAUGCCUGAAGAAAACUAUCGUCAACUUGACGUUGUGAGGAGGACAAUUGCAAUGAUAAUCACUAAUGCUGCUGCUUUUGUUUGUGAUAAAGUAUCAGGCUUGCUAGUAUUUUGUCAUUGUCUAUGACCUCUUUUGUAAGGUAGUUUUUGAAGAUUUCACUACUAACCAGCUAAAACCAAUAAUUUUCCUCUCUUGCGAUCCUCACUCACCCGUGUACCUAAAUUUCGACUUCGCCAUUAGGAUGUAUUAUUCCUUAAUAUCCAUUAUAUACAUGUUUUAUACUGAUCACCGUAUACGCUAUACGUCAAGUUCCGGAUGCCGAAGCUACUACCCCUCACCGACUAAAGUUAUAGUAUCCUUUGCCUAACAUAGGCGUGUGAAGGUCCGUGUAUCUACGGUCUCAUGUGGUUAGGUGUGCCCUCUAGAUUGUAAACACUGCAGAUAAUAGUAGAAUAUGAGUCCCCAGAUAGAAAUUUCCUUCACUGCGAACAAGCUUGCCUCCACACGGAAUCUUCUAUCUGCCAAAAUGAAGGUCAGUGUACGUGCCGCCUUUGCGGCUGCAAGGUCCAUGCAAGCUUGCUACGGUGCAGAUAGUAGUAGAAUGUAAUGGGAUUACGCUGGAUGUUUGUACAAUGUUUUCCACUGCAAAGACGUGACCAAGACCUCUAAUCAACUAGAGUGACCUGAAUACGAUUCUGGCAGGUAAAGUUACUACAACGUUCAAAGGAGUGAUAUGAGUCAACCAUGAUUAGUGCAGAUCUCACAAAGUCAUCUGUGUCUUGGUUCCAUUACUCGACUUAAGAUUACUCGCCUCUGUGAGUAGAGUUGGUGGACUUUAUGCAACUUAGCAGAUGUCUAUCCUUCUAACCCUGCUGACAGUCUAUUAGUUCAAGCAAAUAAUGGCUCUUUCCUAUGCGAUUCAUCAAUGUCGCGUAUGUAUCAGUCCAUCUGUUAAGCAAACACACUUGCCCUGAAGACCUGCUGUUUCAUUGCUAUCCUGGUUGUGUCUUGUCGUCGUGUUGACCUCCUUUCCCUUUUAUCCUUGCAUUUACAUACUCGAAGAGUAGAAAAUUGAAUUCUGGUUUAGGCAUGACCAUAUGUUGCCUCAUCUUCGCCUGCUCGGACCAAGUGGUGAGAAAUGUAAAACUAGAAUUAUUCAUUAUAUUUGCCACCAUGAGAAUCUAUUAUCAUUCACUGUAGCACAGUGAAAUAGGUCAAACGAUAAUGUGUGAACAUUGAACGUCUCCCUGUGCACGUCAUCUAUCUGAUCCAGUGUAAAAGUGUCGAAGAUACCGCCGAACAAUAUUUGUAAGUCCAAUUCUGGGAGAAGAUUUUGAUUACCGUUGGUUGUUUACAUUCACCGCGUCACCGCGUAGUAACCAGGCUCUCUGCGGAAGCUGCUG